AUGGCGAGCGGAGCGGUUCCCAAGGACAAGAGCGUGGAGAAGGUGAUAUGGCUGGAGGACAUCUACAACUAUCUCUAUACGCAGAAAGGAAACGAUCCUCCCCCGCCGGUCUUUAUCCCAAGCACUGUCAUGCUUAAGUACCAGCGGCCAUGCGCGUGGUUCACUAGCAAUCCAGACGGGGAGCUCAUCAAGCGGUCUGACACCAAGGAGUUGGACCCGCAUGUCAUCCGAAGGCAGUUCUGUGAAGGAACUCGCAAGCACGACUGUGUUGCUUACUAUGUAUCAUACACAAAGACAGCGAGAGGGGCCAAGGUAGCCAAGGUGGAAUAUUUCGAUGAUACUGGACUUGAGAACUUUCUGUUGAAUCGUCCGAAAGAGAACAAUGGCAUUGUACAGAAGUUUGAGAAACCCAACAGUCCAUAUAACAGCAUGAUACGUGCAUAUUGGACUCCGCACAAGCUACAAAUGCAACAGAGAGUAAACAAGGCUGAGAUAUCAGACCUUCGUGUAGUUAUGAAUGAUCGACUCUCAACAUUUGACGGGCAAGAGCACUUGUCAACAGAGUUUGAUAUCAAGUCAUACAAGCUCAAGGCAAGGUUGGAAGAAUAUGUUAAGAGCAUCGUCGAGCAUGUAAAGAAGCUGCUGCCAUCCUCUUACACCCUAUGGACGAUGGAAUGCUUCUUCAAGUUGACAGGAAAGAACAAGCUACUCUUCUUAUGGUGUAACGACCUGAAAGUUUUCAACACCAACGAGCCCCCCAAGCUCGAGGCCUUCCUCACGCCCCCAAUUGCUGCUCAUGUCGCGUCCAAGCACAAGUAUGAGAAGAGCAACUUGAAGAAGGAGUACUUCAAAUGCCCGUGUGCUGGUUACAACAUAGAUCACCACUGCGAUCAAGUCAAUGGACUACAUGAUAUCUCGCAGAUGAAAAUAACUUCCUAUCGGUACAUGAUCCUGUACCAUCAGAACCAACAUCCGAUCGACAAAGAUGUCAAGAUACCAGAAGAUGAUGAAUAUAGCAAGCUGAGCCCGUACAGACAAAAAUGGAUUGAGGAGGAUGAAAUGAUAAAGUUCAAAGAGAACUCAGACGUGAAGGCGUAUGAGCUAAAGAAUGGAUCGCUGGUCUAUCAAAUGCCAAGAAACAAGGAGUUUGUCACAGAGCUCUCAGGAUGGAAACAGAUCCCUCCUCUGCCGGUUUCUAACGCUGACUCCCUUGUAUUUAAGUUCCUCUCAAAGCUAGCAAUUGUUGACGGCAAAGUUAUACAAGCACACCAUUUGAAUGAUUAUUCCAAACAGGAUUUGGCAGACUUUCGAAGAUUCUUUCAUAAUGUUGUCGUGAAGGAUCCGGAGUUCCUCGAAAGAAAGAUGAAAGUGUGCGACGCAUGUUGCAUGAAGUUCAACGCCAGUGCAGACGACAACAUGUGCUUGGAAAUGAGCAAGCUAGUUGUGGGGCCAACAGAGAGCAUGACAGCAAGCAAAAGUCGGAUCAGAUUUGGAAGUCUCUCGAGGAUGAUACAGUCUUCGUCAACUCUCUCUUUCUCAAAAUCGCAGCUAAAGAUUGAAAGAUCCCAACCAAUCCUCCCGAAGAUCAAACACAAAGAAACCCUGCGAUCAAAAUCUGCUCUGGGCAUUGGAAGGGCGGAGGGCAACAAGAAGAGCAAGACGGAAGGCUCGGUGAGGCCUCAAAGCUCUCUCGACACCAGCGAGGGUGCGACGCCUAUGUCGUCCAAGACCAUCGGCAACAUCGCGAACCUCUCGCUGAGGUCUGGGGCGACGACCAUCACUCCGUCCAAGAACCUCGUCAUGAACCCCAAGAACGUCAGAGAGUGGAUCCAGUACUUCUACGAGGAGGCGGACAUGCGAGCUUCUGCUAUGACCAAGGCUCGGUUCAAGCCCAAGAUCAGCCCCUACGAGCUGCCUAUCCCCUUCAAAGAAUGACAAGAAUGCAUGCGCUCACCCUGC